UCGAAGUACCGUUACAGUUUGCUUUGCGUUCUGGUACCGUACGUUUAGCUUCACGUUAAACAGUAGAUCAAACUACAUGUAUGUGGCAGUGCAUUGGUGAUAUGUAAAAAAACACUGUGGAAAUAUUUCAGUGGUUUUCCUUAAAUUUUGGUAUCAGUUUGGAUAUAGACAUCCAUUUAUAAGCUCUCACCAAUGGCCAAUAUACAACUACUAUCACUAGUCAUUCUUAGUCUCAUAAAUGCAUCUAUUCAAGAUGUUACAGACAACAAAGUUCGUUCACAGGAAGAGAGCCCUCUGGCUGGAAUAGCUAAGGAAAUCAUGAAAGAACAAAAUCUGGAGAAUAUUGGAGGAAUGGUAAAUAGUUUCAUACAAUCUGAAGGAGCAAAACAGCUAAUGGGCAACGUUUUGCAGAAUUUAGCUUCCAAUGAAAACUCAGGGCAAUUACUGCAAAGUUUAGGCAGUAUUUUCAACAGCGAAAAUGAUGAUACGCAAGUUGAGAAACGAAGCUCCAAGAAAAAGUCGCAAGAUGACAUCAAUCCUUUGGAACUUUUAUCGGGAUUAGGUUCCAUAGUUGGUGCAAUGCAGGGAGCUGGCGGUGAUGGACAAGACAAUCCAGCUGCUCUUUUACAAGGACUGGGCUCUAUACUUGGAGGUGGCAAUAACGCUGGAGGAGGAAAUAAUGCCGCAGCUUUACUACAAGGACUAGGAUCUCUUAUGGGAAGCGUUUCUCAGAAUGGAAAAAAUGACGAUGGUAAUCCAGCUGGUGCCAUUUUACAAGGUCUUGGUUCCAUCUUAGCUGCUUCCAACGGACAAAAAGAAGGAGAAGGUAAUGCUGGUGCCCUUCUUCAAGGUAUUGGUUCUUUGUUUACAUCAGGAAAAGAAGGAAGUGGAAAUGGAUUGAAUCCGGAAAUGAUUGGAAAUUUGGUGAACAUGUUUGCAAAUUCUCAAGGCCAGCAGAGGAAAUCAAAAAAAUCGAAGCAUCCCAAGACAACUUCAGGAAAAAAUAAAAAACCAAGAAAGGAUGAAGCAUCAACACCACAACCAGAGAAGGAAGAGAAAAGCGAUAGUAUUCGUACUUUGGGCAAAAAGUUUCCAAUCGAUAAGCGAACGGGUGGUUUCGAUUUAAAUUUCGUUCUCGAAAAUUUUCCUCUGUUUGUUAAGUUGGCUAAAACUGCUGCUGGACCCAAACUCCAACAACUCCUUGAACCAAUAGACGAUCUCAUAUACGUAUACACAGCUCUAACAGAUACAGAGCGUGAUGUUAAAUUGGAAAAACUGAUCCCAAGGAUUGCAGGCAUUCUUGACGCCGCCCAGAAAUACCUUGACUUACAUGAUAAAAGGGGCAAAGAAGGUCUAAUCGAUAAAGAUAAUUCGUUCGAUCUGAGCAAUGUAAUAGGAAUGGCAAGUUCCUUUCUGAGUCAAGGAGGCUCCGAAGCAAAUGGCAGAAGUAGUUCCAGUUUCAUGGACUUUUUGCCAAUUAUUAUGAAUACCAUCAACUCAUUCACAGGUCCGGAAGCCGAAGAACGAGCAGAAGGUCAUUCGGGACAUUCUUGGGCCCUCCCGCCAGUAAUAGAAAGAAUUCACAUUUAUUUCGAUAACUUUAUUAAUUCAGAUAUGGGAAAAGAGUUGAUGAGUUACAUUGAAGGACAGCAAGCUUUUAAGGUUUUUAAAGAUGAAAAUGGCGUAUUCAGCUACGACCGGUUCAAGGAACUAAUUGAGAACCACUCUUUCCGUAGACAUUGGAUACAACGUAUCACGAAGAAAUUAGUGGACUUUUUAAAAAUUGUCUCAGAUGACAACGUCCAAAAAAAAUAUAUUAACAUGGGUAUUACCUUUACUAACUCGUUUUUGAAAAAUACUGGAUUCCCUAAAGACUCUCUACUGGAUAUUAAAAACCCAGUUCAAUCAAUUACAAAUUUUAUUAACUUUGCUGCAAAGAAAUACCUCGAUGCUGAGGUAAAUGCACGAGAGUAUGUGGAGCCUGCUGUAUUUUACACAAAGGAUAUACUGCAAAUGGCGAAAAAAUCAAUAGCCACUCAAGAAUUAACUGAUAAAUUAACCGACACCAUAAAUAUGGAAAUAAUUGAGCCUAUUACCAGGGUAAAUCGGGCUUAUCGAUAUUCGAAAUCUGAACCCAGUUGUGAUAAAUAUCUUUUCUGUAUCAUGAACGAGGAAACGUCCUCACCUUAUAAUUCAGGAAGUCUUCCGGAGCUUAGAGGCGCUCUUUAUAAAGGAUACAGUCUGGUAGCCGGUUGGUUCUUGCGACUUCAUACCGGCACAUCUUACUGGGACAUAUAUGACGCAGUGACGAAAGAUAAAAAUUGUCAGGAUUACUACAAUAAAGCAUGUGAUGGAUUCUACAAAGAAGAAGUUAAAGCAACGACUGAAUAUAUUCAUAAUGAACUCUAAAAUAUCAAUUGCAUUCCAUUGAAUUCAAGGCAGAAUUAUAUUCCAUAGAAAUGCAUUUGAACAUUCAACAAAUUUUAGGUAAAAUGCAACUUCAAAUGUAUUUGUUUCGAACAGACUUUAUGGUGUUAAAACAAAGAGAACAUUUUAAGUAUUUCAGCCAAUUGCACUCCAAAAGAUUUAUAACUAUUUGUGUAUUGUUACCAAAUUUUAUUUAUACAUUUACCUGCUAUUUACUGAAUUAAUUUGAUAAACAGUGUGAUGUAGAUUAUAGGUGAUUAGGUUUUUCAGAUAUAAUAUAUGUACAAGAAAAAUCGA